UUUCAGAGCCAUUCUCUCUUACUUGAAUCGUGUUUUCAAAAUGCAUUUUCAUGUCAACAAUGUUGUCACUUCUUCGCAAAUCGAUGAUGUUCUUGUCAAGAUUUGUACUGGACCCCUUUUUGAUAAUGGGACGCCGUUCAUCACGUAUGGCUGUGUGCUCCAUUUGAGCUCUGAACGAGGAAUCAUCCGAACUUUUGAUGAGAAACUGUGCUUGUUUGAACUCAAGGAUUUGAACAUGGAUGGUGUUGUUGAUAUGACUGACGUUUUGCCUCUUGGAUGUACCUUGAAGUUUUUCGCUACGCGACAAAAUCACCAUACGUUCACAGCGAGUAACGUGAGCCCAAUCUGUGAACCGGCUGCUCAAUUAAUCUUCCUGAACAGCACGGAAAUGAAUGUCAUCACUCCCGAUUUCACUUCUACUGGCUCCAGCAAUCAUUACUCUGUGGAAAAGGAGCGAUUUGCCUACGUGAGAAUUCUCGAGCUCUUCCAGCAACAAGCUGUCCUCUCUUUGCCACUGAGCAGCAUGAUAAGUGAGUUGGGCAAGUUCGGUGAAGACGAUGUCUCUCAAUACAUUGGUAUUUCGGAUGAAGAACGUGGCAUGUUCAUCAAGCGUCGCACCCAUCUUUUCACUGUUGGAUGGAACGAUUUGGUCACUCUUCAGAGUCCAGACUUCUACCAGGCGAUUGUUCUAAUCCUUUCGUACAUCCUUUGCAACGGAGGUGUCACAUCAACUGAGAAUGUCUUCGAGUUCUACCAGACCGAUAACGUGCCGCUGUCUGUUCGUCAACGUACGGGAAGUGACAUGAAUUCCUUCCGGGAAAUUAUCGAUUUUCACUCGUGGGCGUUCACUUUAUCAUCUCACGGUACCUAUGUUUCUGCCAAGAGAAACUUGCCACAUUUCGACUACAUGUCCUUCUUCGAAGGAAUUGUGUGCACCGCAACACCACAACGACAUCAGAAGAGUAAGCUUCUCAAGCACCCACCAGGAUUGCAAAUUCCACUGUUGAAUACCAGAGCACAAGCUCUUGGGCAGGCAUCCAUGCAUCAGCAACAGCAGGAACACAUUUCUAAUCCGUAUCAAGGAUAUCAGCCAUAUUUGCACCGUGAAGAUAUGACCAAUGGAAUGAAGAAGCCAACUGGGACUCUGAUCGAUGGAGCAAACCAAAAGCAUUGUUUUGGGAUGCAGGUUUCAUCACCGGACCGGAAUGCUUUCGAAAAGCCAUCAGUAUUUGGCCACACAUGGGGUGAUGUGAUCGCUUUCAAUAAGAACUCUGCAAACUUCUCACGUGGAAUGCAAUCCAAGAGAAGAUACAAUCUCUCCUCCAUGUUCAGAAACCUGAAGUAUUCUGGAUUCCGCUCAUCAAUUGACUCCACGUCAAGCUCCGACGAUUCUCAAUCCUUGGAUAAUUGCUCGACUUCUGGUGUGAACAACAUGCUCAUUGGUUGCGGUCCACAAAUGUAUUAGAUAUUUUUUGAGCUUGUAUUCUUUUUGCCAUAGUGCCAAUUGUCCGUAAAUUUAUGUUCCCAUUUUUUACCAAAAAACUCCCCGUAUAGUUUUAUCACACCAACCCUAUUGUGUUCCCAUCCCCUAGUUUAUUGAUUGCCGGUAUCUCCUUAGAACGAGGUAUCAAGAGUAUUGCCUUGCUUCUUGCUUCUCAUGAUAAUUAUUAAUCAAUGACCCAUAUAAUAGAUUUGAUUAUAGUAUUAACUGAAAUUUAUAAUAUUCCCUUCUCCUUUUGUUGCCUUGGUUAAGCAUUCAAGUUUUACAUUUGUCAUUAAAAUGUUCUUUCUAUAGAGUUUUGAAUAAAAACUGAUUUCAGAUCGAAU